CCUGCGAGCGAGGACCUUGAGUUGGUUUGUAGUUGUGACUGUCAGAUCAGUCUGUAUAAACUGUACCAGUUUUAAAAAUCUUGCCAUGCCCGGUGUGGUGGAGAUCCCGACUUUGGCAGAGCUGAAUGUUGAGGAGGUAAACGUCUCAUCUGCUGUACUGAAGGCUGCAGCCCACCACUAUGGCUCCCAGUGUGACAAGGCCAACAAAGAGUUCAUGCUGUGUCGUUGGGAGGAGAAGGACCCUAGGAAGUGUCUAAACGAAGGGCGGAAAGUCAAUGAAUGUGCUCUGCAGUUCUUCAGGCAGAUAAAGGGAAACUGUGCAGAAUCCUUCACAGAAUACUGGACUUGCCUGGACUACUCUAAUCUGGCAGAGCUGCGUCAGUGUCGUAAACAGCAGAAGGCGUUUGAUAACUGUGUGCUGGAGAAGUUGGGCUGGGAGAGGCCAGCAUUAGGCGACCUUUCUAAGGUAACUAAGGUGGCUACCACGCGGCCUCUGCCAGAGAACCCUUACCACUCACGACCAAGGCCUGAGCCUAACCCUCCAAUCGAUGCCAAGCUGGAGCCAGCCAAACACGGCAGCCGCUUGUUCUUCUGGAACUGGUGAAGAUCACAAGUUUAUGACCAUCCUAAUCCACUGUAACUGUCUUCAAAUCCAGGCCCAAACCUGACCACACCUCACUGAACGGGAGCGGACUCGGUGCACCCCCAAGAUUGCAGUGUGUCCGACUCUUGUAUGUAGAAAUGUAUCAAGGGAGUGAAAACCUAUUGUGUUGUCGUUAUUGAAUAAAUCAGUUUAA